GUGAAUUGAGGGGAAAACGGAGCCGCAAUGGGUUGCAAUACUCGGUACAGCAAUUAGGUCCAUCUACUUGCGCCACGUGAAGUGCUGCUCUACGCACCGUGCAUAGCCAAAUUAGGGUCCCUCAGUGGCAAUGUUGUAAAUCCGUGCCUAUUUGAGGCUACCGUGGUGUUCGCUGGACUCAAAGGUACAUCUCUCUCUCUCUUCCCGGCUGCCCUUUUGGAGGGAGCCCAGAAAUCAUUGAGAGAGAGAGAGAGAGAGAGAGAGAGACGCGGCGCUUACCAUCCCCUUCGUCCUCGGACGGCCUACAGCGGUAACGAAAGAUGGCGCCCAAGGCCGACAGCGUCGAAGGCAUCGUUCUGAGCUUCGUCAAUGAGCAAAAUAGGCCACUAAAUUCUCAGAAUGUUGCUGAUGCCCUUCAAAAGUAUAAUCUCAAAAAGACUGCAGUCCAGAAAGCAUUGGACACAUUAGCCGAUAGUGGACAAAUUUCAUUCAAGGAGUAUGGCAAACAGAAGAUUUACCUUGCUCGGCAAGAUCAGUUUAAGAUACCUAAUGGACAAGAGCUUGAUCAGAUGAAGGAGGAAAAUAGCAAGCUACAAGAAGAGCAGAAAGUCCAAAAGAAAGCGAUAAGUGAUGUUGAGGCUGAAAUUCGAGCUCUGCAGUCAAACUUGACAUUGGAAGAGAUACAUGCUAAAGAGGCUAAACUCCAGAUUGAGGUCCAUGAAAUGGAAGAAAAAUUGAAGAAAUUGCGUAGUGGGGUUGUUUUGGUGAAACCAGAAGACAAAAAAGUUAUUGAAGAAACAUAUUCUGAGAAGAUCGGUCAGUGGAGAAAGCGCAAGAGGAUGUUCAAAGAGCUAUGGGAUGCUAUAACUGAAAACUCACCCAAGGAUAUCAAAGAAUUUAAGGAGGAGCUUGGUAUUGAGUAUGAUGAAGAUGUUGGAGUUAGCUUGCAGUCCUAUUGUGAAUUGUUCAAUCUCAGCAAGAAGAGAAGAACGGCCUAGUAAUAUAUCUUCUACUAUGUUUCCUGGGGAUUGGGCUUUGUUCUUUUACCCCCCUUUUUUUCCCUCCCCUAAGUAAAUAUGUUGGAGCAAAUUGAUCCUUCGUGUAUUCUAAAGAGAAAGGAGAUAAUGAUCUGCAGUUCUCCCAUCUAGUUUUAACCAUUGUGAUAGUGCUGUAGAUUAAU